AUGGAUCAAUUCACGCCUUCCCUCAUUCGUUCCAGUUUCAUCGCCAAGCUCGCAGAAGCCGAAAAUGUGCCCUCGUUGUCGAGUCAGCUGGAUUCUGUCAGCAAGCGGAUCCAUGAGGCAUCGCCCACUACUGACCGUGAGGCCCUCCUGCCUCUCCUGCAAGAUCUCACGGAAAUACUUCUCUUUGACACGGACACUGCAGCAGGGCAGCAAAAGGCCACCAGGCUAAGGAAGCUGCUGCCGCCUCUCGCCAAGGGCGCGAAGCUGCUGCAUCCACCGCUCCUCGCGAUCAUUCAGGUACUUGGUUGCGUCGUGAGGGCAUGUAGCCAAUGUGAAGCGCAUGCACCUCGUGUUUGUGUCUGUCCUGUCUGCAGAGUGCGAGGAGCCGUCGGUGCCGUCGUUGGGCGACCAUCGCCUUCUCGAAGCUGCUCCAGGCGGGCUACCCCUUCUGCUUCAGAUCUGCGCAGCCAGAUGUGGUCAAGCAGCUGCUUGACAACAUGGCGCUGCUCCUCCCCACGGAUGCGUCAGCCCCUUCGGCUGUCGAUGAGGCCAUCUACAUAAUCCUCUGUGAGGCGACUACGCUGACAGUGGGUGGCGAGAUUGCGCCGGUGAUGGAUAUGAUCCAGCAGAGGGCCUCGAUGGACUACCGUGACAUCAUCGCCACCAAACACGAAGCCUUCCUGCGCCGCGCCGAGACCCUUCUGCGCUACGGACGGGAGGCGGGCAAAGCUGGCGUAUUUAUCAGCUGCUUCCACGUGCCAUCGACGCCGGCCUCAUGCCCCGUCGGCACGUGGAUGCGGUUCCUGGGAGUGGCCAUCGACCUCGUCAUAGAGGGACCGGCUGAGGAGCACGGAGUCGUGGUGGAUGGCGCGCGUAAGGUUGCGGAAAUCAAUGUUGACGUGGCAGUUGCCAACGGUGAGCGGAAUGCUGUGGGCAUCAAUUAACGGCUGCAUAGACGUGUGUGUGUGUGUGUGUGUGUGGUCAUCAGGUCGCGAUGCCGAGCUGUUUGCUGCGAUUGAGGAGCAUCUGGUGCCGCGUGUGGGCCGCCUCGUGGAGGUCAUGACGACCAGCCAGGAUGUCGAUACCAAGCGGGGGGCGAUGAACAUGAUCGGCUGCAUGUUCUCCCUUGCCCACCCAUCGUAUGAGAAGCACUACGCCAACUCGGCCAUCCAAGCGCGUGUCGAUGAAGGUACAUGAGUCUGCGGGAAGCCGAUGCAUCCUCAUGUGUGUGUGCUGCUGUGUGUGUGUGAUUCAGUGCUGAGUGAGCCUGUUCGUGUGUUGCUGGCGCAUCCAUGCGCCCUCAAGACCAUGGCCUCACUGCUCAAGACGGCCGGCGCUGCCGUGGACGUGGAUGAUGAGCAGGCCGUGACAUUCAACAUUAUCGACCCCAUGUUUAUCCCCGUACACCUGUCCGGUGGGCAAGUGAAGCCAGACCUACCCACACACACACGCACACACACUCAUGAAGAGUCCAUUGAUGAGUGGACUUGUUUGUGCAUGUGGGGAUGGGUUUGUGUACAGAGCCGUCCUUCCACAAGCAUGCCAAGGAGCACGUGCAUGCAGCCAUCGAGGCGGGCUUCGUGCCCGCCAUUGUGAGUCUCAUCCGCGACGACCGGCUGCUCAAGAUGGAGAGACUCACGAAGCCUUUCCUGAUGGGCUGCACCAACGGCCUGCUCAAAAUGUCCCAGUGUGACGAAAAGGUGAGGAAUUAGUAAAGCCCUCACUCGCCAAGACACAUAGCUCGUUCGUCUGUGUGUCUGGAUGGAUGUGUGCAGGUAGCGCGCGACAAGACGGUCGCGUCGGUUUGCUGUGACCUGCUGGCCAAACAUGCCCGCGGCGACAUCGACAUACUCAUGACCAGUGACGACACCAAGGUCCUGCAGUCGCCCCUCAACAACAUCAUGUCCAUCAUCAGCGAGUUUGUCGCGUAAGCAACUCACACGCACACACACUCACACACACACGCCAUGAUGCGGCUCUUGUCUACCUCUGUUUAUCCAUCCGUGCAGCUAUGGCGACCGUCAGGUGGAGCGAGGCAAGAUCGCCACCAACGUCUUCCGCAUCUACGUCUUCAAGGUAAGCGAGCCUGCAGAAAAAGAGAGAGACAGAGAGAGAGAGAGAGAGAGAGAGCGCCUUUCAUGUGUCCAUCUCUCUCUCUCUCUCUGUGUGUGUGUGUGUGUCUAUGUGUCUGUAAACUUGCCAGCUGCCGUCAGUGCAGGAGCUCAGGGCAAUGCCACGCGACGGAAACAAACUGCCCGACAAGGUAAUCUUACAAAGCCCGGAAGGCAUGCACGUCUGUGUGUGCCUGCAGGUGUUUGAGCAGUUGGAUUUGUUGUACAAGGAGCCCAGCAAGUACCGUGAGGAGCGAGACGCCAUCCGCACUGCAGACGCAAUCACUGCGGCGUUCGCCACUGGCCAAUUCGGGCCCCACCGUGGCGGGUCAUUCUUCACUUGUCGGCCGUGACUAACUGACUGAGGCACAAUUAGCCACGUUGUGUCUUCGUGGCGUGUGACUGACGUGUUGCCGUCUGCAUAGAUAUAGAUAGAUACACGUUUUUGCCGCUCUGUAAAUAUGUAUGUCGGUCUGUGUAGGUGUUUGUUCUGUGUAGUGGGCAGAUGUCCAGUCCAGUGUGUGUGUGUAUAUCCCGAUUGACGUGAAUGCGUUCAUUCACACCAUAACAACACACGCACGUGACGAUCUGUCUCCUGGCACAUUCGUGCACUCUCACCCACUCACUUUCUGGUUCGUCAACACCUACCUGUCGCU